ACUGCUGCUUGACCUGAAGUAAAACUGCUCUCCUGGCAACAGUAGUUCAGAACUAACAUUUCCUCUAGGCACUGACACCCUGAAACAUGGAGCAACUCUACAAGACAGUCCCUAACUUUCUCACAAAACUGUGGGUAUUAGUAGACGAUGCCGUCUUGGACCAUGUGAUUCACUGGAGCAAGGAUGGUCACAGCUUUGAGAUUGUGAAUGAAGAAGACUUUUGCAAAGAAAUACUGCCAAAAUACUUCAAGCAUAACAAAAUAUCCAGCUUUAUACGACAGCUCAAUAUGUAUGGUUUCCGAAAAGUGAUUGCACUGCAGGGUGAAAAGACUAGCGAGAAGAAGUUAUCUCUGGAAUUUCAGCAUCCACUCUUCAAAAAAGGAGGAGCCUGUCUUCUUGGAAACAUUAAGCGAAAGGUAUCAACAAUAAAAAAUGAAGAUACCAGCCUCUACUCUAAUGAGUUUCAGAAAAUUCUGACUGAGAUGCAAGAGAUUAGAAACAUACAGAGCAACAUGGAUGCCAGAUAUGCACAAAUGAAACAGGACUAUUCAGACCUAUGUCUUGAAAUCACAAACCUAAGGAAAAAGUACUGUGAGCAACAGCAGCUGUUAACACAGAUACUCCAGUGUAUCUUGGAUUUGAUAAGUGGAAACCAUACAGGCCUAAAAAAGAGGAAAAGGUCAUUAUCAUUUAUACCUGGAGCUUCAGAUUCUGAAUGGGAUCAUCAGUAUUUGCAUAUUCCAGAUGACAAGAAGAAAGAAGCUAUGGAGAUAGUAAAAGAUGGUUACGAACUUGUUGAAGACAAAUGUAAAAGUCUCCUUGAUAGAGUUUUACCAAUUUUGAAAAAAUCCAAAAACUUAAUUUCAUCUGUAGACCAGCCAAGUGGAGAUGAUGGAAAAGACCCUAACAUGCCAGUUCCGGAUAUACCUAUGAAUGAAGAGUCACUGACCAUUCAGUUGGAUUUGACCAUACCAUUUUUCCAAGAACAAAUAACUGAAGAAUGCUUUGUACAGGACCCAAAGGAUUUUUCUUUGGAAUUAGAGCUUUCUCCUCUGGAUUCAAUUUUGAUUGCAGAACAAUCAGACACUCUGUGUAACAGUAUAAUGAACAGGAAUAAAAUGCAUCAUACUGAAGGAAACUUGGUAGAGCUAAAUUCAUUAUUAUCUAGGAAGGCAGUGAAUUAUGACUUUGAUCAUUUCAGUGAGAGUGUAAGUCUAAUGGAAAACAAAGGAGAAAGAAGUCUGCUUGAAGCCAGUGGGGAAAAAGACAAACAUGUGAAACAACGCAUGGAAAAACCCCAGCUUUUACUAUUAGAUGGUACACCAAUAUGUGAUUUUGGAGAAAAUCUUCAAGAUUCUAAUGACCUCCUUUUGGAUAAUCUAAAGAAGCCAUCAAAUGUCCUAUCAGCCUUAUGUGAUCAUGAUUAUGUAGCCUUCAAUAUUUCUACUACACAAGAAGAUACUGCAAAUACUACUGAAAAUAUUGUUCCCCAGUUAUCUGCAAAAGCCAGUGAGGAAGCCAGUGCAUUCUCAUUUCGCUUUCUCAAUCCUGUUACUAAUAGUUUUUGAAGAGCAUGUUAAACUUAAUCUUCUAUUAGAAUUUAUUUUGAGUUUCAGUGAAUCUCACUUUCUGCUGGGAGAUAGAUAUUCCAUGGGUGUUGGGUAGUGUAUCGGUUUUCAUCUUGUAGCUUCUGUAACUUAAAAAUAUGUUAAAAUUACUAUCUCCCAGUAUCAAGACAAGCUUUGACAACUAAGAUAAAAUUCAAACCACAGAAAGAUAAGGAAUAUAUUUAAAUUUUGAAAUAACAAAAAUUUAGUUUUUUAUUUUAAACAAAUAAUAUUCUAACACCUUAUUUGUGACUACAACAGAUAUUAGUAUUAUUACAUUUUUCUAAUUAGCAAAUUAAUGUAGCUAACUUUUGCUUAUAGUAAAGAAACAGUUAUUCCAAAGUUUACUGAAACAAAUCUCAUGUUUAAAAGCAAGAUUUUGAGUUAAUUAAAAUGAUACAGUUAAUGUUACUCCUAGAUUUUACAGGUAAAGUUAUUCUAUAGCUAUCCACUUUGUAAUAGUCUUACACAAUGUUUAAUUCCUAAAGAAAGUUAAAAUUUAAGCAGAAAAUGGUAUUUUUCUAUAUAAUGGCCAUCGACAUAGACAGUUGAAGUCACCUAAAACCUUGGACAAGAAAUCCGAGAAUCAAACUUUAGCAAAGUUUUUACUUAAAGCAUACAGAAACCCCAAAACAAAUGACUUAUUAGAAAUUGAAGUAAAAAAAAUUCAUAGCCAGCCAUUUCUCAAUUCUAUCUCUCAUUUCCAAAUGCAUCUUUAGCUUUAUCAGUAUUCUUUGACUCAUAUGUAAUUAUUUGAUAGAAUGUCAUGUUUCAAAAAUAGUAUGGUUUUCCAUAACCCUGGAGUAGUUUUCAUACAAACUAUUCCAACAGUGGCAUUCACACAUGCCUAAGCAUUGAACAUCAUAGCACUUAGAGUCCAGGAUUAUGUUUACUUGAGGAAGCACCGAAGAACGUGUUGAAGACUUUCUGUUAGUACACUGAAUAUAAAACAUCAAGUUUUUAAGGGCUUCAGUCUGUGACACUUUCCUACCAGUUGAGUCCACCUGCUAAACUCACAACAAUGAAGUCAGCUUUACAAGGAAGGGAAAAGAGCUCAUUGUUUUCAGUCUCUAAUUUUAAAAAGUGUGUGUUUGUUUAAAUAAACCAGUUUGUUUAAUUUUGAAAAGUCUUAAGGAAAGUCCCGAUCUCAUGUAGCUAUGGCUGAGCUUUUGAU